UCAAAGUGCGUGUCUUAAGCUUGAAAUCGCUUGGAUGAGAGCCUGUAAAUCAUUGUCUAGGCAUUUCUGUUGCGUUAUUACAUAUUACAUUCAAUAUGAUUCGACCUCUCUGCAACUUCGGAAGUUUAAAGUAAACUCAAUGCUUCUGAUUAAUCCCGAGUAGUAUUAUUUGACAUAAGGAUAGCAAGAUAGCUUUCGUACCAAGCUUCCUCCGACUCCAUUGCUGGACUCCGGCCUCUUGACAUUAAUUUAUACAAAUUUUAAAUAAAGUGUAAAGUUUUACAGUCUUUCGAACCUAACUCUUACUUCAAAAUAACACCUGAAAUGAGUUUUGCCGAUGUGUUAUUUACGAAAACAGAAUUUAUCUUUCAUUACAGUUGAAGCUACCUGGUGAAUCCUUGUCAGUGCUUCUCGUUAUCAUCAUCGCAUUCGAGUUUAUUUACAGGAGUUUUGUAAACAAACUUUUAGAAGAUGUCCCUAUCACAUCAAUUAAAUUUUAGUUAUGUUUACGUUAGCCGUAAACAGACAAUUCUCAAUGCCGGACGUCAUUGUAAUUAAGUUUUUUUUGUGUGUGUUUUUCCAUCUUGGACCAGGGGAUCCCAAAUGUCAUUAGUUAACCUUCUAGGCAGUCAUAAUUCUUUCAAAGCAGUUGUCAAAGUGGCAUUGAAUGCCAGAGUGCUCAGAACACUUGGCUAUGUCUUCACUGUGGAGUAGUUGGUUGCGGCAGAUAUGUGAAUGGUCAUGCCAAGCAACAUGCUCAUGAGAAUAUUAAUCACAAUGUAUGUAUGGAUAGUGAGAGCUAUGCAGUUUACUGCUAUAUGUGUGAUGAAUUUGUCCUGAAUGAUACUCCUGAAAACCAUAUCGAUCAAAUGCGAAAUGUUCUCAUUAGACAUCCAACCAAAGGUGAAGAUGACCCUGUUCUAAGAGAUAGAAGUGUUAAUGAUGAGAAUGGUGAAGUGUCAAGCAUUUCAAAUGAAAAAGACUCUGCAAGUGUCAAUGGGGAGAGUGACAAGCAGAGUGGUAGACUGAGCAGACAUAGUCACCUUAGUGAACAAGAACGUAAAGAUGAGCCUGGUGUCCGUCAGUUGAGACCUCGAAGAAAGAGAUCACACUCAGCGGACAGCAGUAGCGUAGAGAAUCAUGGCAACUACGGUAAACGACGAAGAAAUGGGAUGGUUACCAGAACCCUGAGCAAAACCAAACAAGAGAAGAAAGUUGUUGGUUUGCGGAACCUGGGAAAUACUUGUUUUAUGAAUGCUGUGUUGCAGUCUCUGAGCAACAUUGGUGUUUUCUAUCGAUAUUUUAAACACUUACCUGCCCUUGAGAUUAAUGCAAAGUCUGGCCGUGGAAUUGAACAAUCUCGGAAGCUCACAGAGGUGUCAGAUGCCUUGAUGGCAGAAGAACUCCGUAAAAUUCUGAUCAACCUCAAUCAAGGUGGAAAGAGUGCAAUUUCACCAGAAUCCUUGUUUCAUGUUAUUUGGAAAAUAGUCCCUCGUUUCAGAGGUUAUCAGCAACAGGAUGCACAUGAAUUUCUCAGAUACAUGCUGGACCGUUUGCACCUAGAACUGUUGCAUCUACUUCCUGAUGGUUCUUUACGAGAAAACUCCUAUCUUAACAUUGGUCCAAAGAGUCGCACGUCAAUUGUCACAUCAGUCUUUGGUGGCACUCUACAGAGUGAAGUGAGGUGUCUGAACUGUAGUGUCGAAUCCAAGAAGCAUGACCCUUUCCUUGACUUAUCUUUGGACAUACCUGAAAAAUUUCAGUAUUUGAAAAAGUCGUCCAAGGAUAAUGCAGAUGAGCCCACUACACCUUGUGAUAUUUCUGAUUGUUUGACCAGUUUUGUUGAAGUGGAGGAAUUGGCUGAAACAGAGCUGUACUACUGUAACAAUUGCAAAAGCAAACAGCGUUCAACCAAACGAUUUUGGAUUCGAAGACUGCCUAAUGUUUUAUGUUUACAUCUCAAAAGAUUCCGUUGGAAUAACUGUUUCCGGCAAAAGAUUGAUACAAGUAUUAUGUUUCCUGUAACUGCAUUGGACAUGUCUCAGUAUGUUCUGAGCAGCCCUCAUGAAACACGACGGUCUGGAUCUGGCAGCACACUCUAUGACCUUGCAGCUGUUAUUGUACAUCAUGGAUCGGGUACUGGUUCUGGCCAUUACACUGCUUUUGCCAUAAAUGAUGGAGGUCAAUGGUUUCACUUCAAUGAUAGUAGUGUCCGUCAAACUGAAAUUGAAACAGUUGCCAAGUGUAAGCCCUACAUCAUGUUCUAUAUACGAAGAGAGUUUAGGCUUCCUCAGCUGCAAGCUUGAAUGGCUUGCUUUUGAUAAGUUUUGCAGUGCCUAGUCAGCCCAAUCCCAACACGUUCACACACUGCUCAAGUUUGAUUGAUUUUUCCUUAAUUUUAAGUCUUCUGUACAAUGAAUUUUUCCCUCUCUCUUUUUGUAGACUAUGAACUUAAUCAUUAACUUUUUAUGUUUUUUUGUUGUUUUUUUAAACUUUAAUCUCUCAUUUUGCUUGAGCAGUGGUACUUUGUACAUGACUGAGAACGUGAGGAGAAGGGGAGGGCAGGAAUGGUAUGUGAGCACAAAAAUAUUUAUCAGUUUCAGCUGGUAUUAUAUCUAAUGUGAGUACAUAUUGUCUUCUAUGUAUGUAAGCAUUCACUAUACUAAAAUGAGUGAUUAUUAUGUAGAGUUUACCUUUUACUCUUCUAUAAAUGUUUGUAAUUUAUGAAGUUUAAAUUUUUAUGUUCUGAAAUUGUACAAUUUAUUACCAAAAUUUGUGAGAUUUUUUAAAUGAAUGUCAGUAUUUUAAACUGAGGUAUAGAUUAAUUGUAUCUAAGAAAGUAAGCUCUCUCAUGGACUCUCUAAUGGAUUCCAAAAUCUUUACUUUUGAAGUAUUGCAUGGUUAAUUAGGCAGUCAAAUGGUAAAUGAAUUAUGAUAGAGGUACCCAAUGACCCAAUGUGUCUAACAGUUCUCUUAUUAGUUGCCUGAACUGUGCUAGAGUUUGUCCUGAGCCAGCUAGGUAGGUAGGUGAUGGUUUUCUGUCCCCUAGAAUUUAAGGUCACUAAUGGUGGCAACUGUGAUCAAGUGGUGCAGGCAAGCUUUUCCAUUUCUAAUGUGUGAAUGUAUCAAGAAGUCUGGCUCACUCUUAAUAACAUUAUAUUAAAACAUUAAUCAUUGUACAUGUUCAAGUAUUUUAUGUUAAAUCUUUCACUGCCAUGGAAUGGUUGGUUUUCCAUGUAGAUACAUUGCCAAUAAGAGAAAAAGAAAAAAAAGUAAAAAAAAACUUUGCAAUGACCUUUUAGAUGGAAUGGAAUAUCCUUGCCUUAGGAACAUUAUGCAAGUCCAUGGAUGUUAAAUUUAAUAUGGACGGUGAAGAAAGAAGCAAUUGCUUUAUUCACAUGAAAGCUUCACAGCAUUGCUCACUCAUUUCUAACUGUGAUUUGAACUUUAUUGAACGGAAAGUAUUGUAUCUACCUAUUUCAAUGCAAUACUUAACAAGUGUAUGCAUUCUGGUUUAAGAUACUAUUAACUGCAAUUCAGAUAAAUAUUUUGAUCCUUUCUUUUUUCCUCUCUAAGAGCAGAGUUUACAUAUGCAAUCAGAAAAGUUUAUAUUUCUUACCCACAGUGAAUUUGGUAGAGUGCUUGCAUUAUUAUGCAUUUUACAUUUUAAUUGCUUGAUUUCUGAGGAAUAUGUUUUUCCUCUUUUAUGAAUGGAUUUUAUUUUUUUAUUUUUUAUGUUUUGACAUUUUGGAUCAUUUUUCACCAAUCAUGUAUAACCUAAUCAUACUGUUCAUUGUUCCUGUGACUCUUCCCAAGAUAGAAUUUGGGAUGUCACCCUGCAUUUUUAGGAAAUGCCAAGAAAAAUUGGGUACAAAUAAAUCUUAUUUGACUCAUGUCUGUCAGAGAUACCCAUUUACUCUCAGGUCUGGUACUCCCACUAGUGCGGAUUUCGUCUCUUGGUUUAUUUGCUGAAUGUUUUCAACUAACGUCAUAGCUACAAACUUUUGAACUGCAAAUGAAGGACUGAUUUUUUUUUAUUCCUUAUUCUAUUAUACUUUAAAACUUACCGUAGUUUCCUGUAUUAUAAUGGCCAAGUUUUUUUUUCCUCGAGAGAAGCACAGGUCUCAGCAUGGCCCAUUAUUAUUUACUUAAUUUGAGGAAAGACUAGUUAUGUGAUAGAACAUAUUUUUUUUAGGACAUGGUGUGUAGUAUUUAUUAUGAAUUCCCUGUCAACUUUACCUUCUUCUUUGUAAAAGAAAGUGAAUAAUGUGAUUGCAAUGCAAUUAAUUUGACUUGUAUGUAACUUCUGUGUAUAUUGCAUGGUGAAUAAAUCCUAUGCAUAAAGAA